GGCCGUGGUUGCGGUGACUGUACUGCGGCGGAGCCCGGCCCUGCAAGCUGCAGCGUGGGCCCCCGGCCCGGCGGGAGCGGCGGCGAGGCAGCGGGGAGGCGGGCUCCCCCUGCAGCCCGGACGGGUAAGUGCAUCAGGGCUGAGGCGGCGGCGCGCACGUCCGGCCCCCUGAGACGCGGGGUGGUGGAGUGGACGCGGGAGUACCCGGCCGCGCAGGAGGGUUUCCGGAGGCGGCGCGGCGUGCCUGCAUGUGGGCUAAAGUGGCCUUGUUCUCUUGUCCGCUGGCGCUGCUGCAUCCCCAUUCCCUCCUUGUCGAAGGAUUAUGGGCAGCGGGGAUGUAACGGGGGUGAGGAGAUGGUCUUGGAAUCAUAGAACGGUUUGAGGAUUUUGGGAGCUCUGUCUCCCAGUGCGGCUGCUGAAACCGAGGGAGGACUCCAGCAGUGCUUUGCUAAACUAAACGACGGUGAUGUCAAGCCAUUGCUUCUUGUGGGCAUCACACGCGGGCUUGUGUCAGAAUCAUCUCCCUGUCCCUUGCUUGCAGUGGGUAUGAGCGGAGGAGGGACUUCCGGGUUUGUCUGCGAUCUGGAACUAGAAAUCAGUGCACUGUGGCUUUCGAGUGCGGUUUUAAUGCUCUGUGUUUAACGUUUUGUACACAGCUGUUCAGGACCUCAUUUUGUUCUAAUUUCUGCCUAUGCCCAGGCGGUCGUGUAUCUGAGGAACUCGUUUGUUGUGUUGUGAGAUCUCUGGAUGAUAACUCUUAAUUACUUAAAGGCAAUAUGGGUAUUUGAAAUAGUUUUAUUGCCACAGAACUGUAAUGUCUAUGUUAAUAGUACGCGUGCAAAAUGAGAAACGUAGUGUUAAUGAGAUGUAAAAAUUCUCUAUUAAAUUCAUGUGGUUAUUCAGUGUAACAUAUGUCUUUGAAGAAAUAAAAGCUUUAUAAUUAACAUCAACAAACAUAACCUGUAGAGUGCAAGUCAGUACAUCCAUAUGGGUAGGCUUGCCUUGUGUUUGAGAGUGAGUAGAUGUGAGUGUUUUUUUCCUCCCCUAUUUAUAAAUAGAUUAAAACAUAAGUGUUUGACUUCUGCUGCAGCAGUUCAGUUUUGUACUAGGAAAGUUACAUGCAGCUCUCUACCUGCUGGUGUGUAAUGUUGUGUUGGAGAAAACAGGUUGAUUUCUUCGAAUGUCUUCUGUAAUCAAGGACACACUUAACUCCUUAAAGCUUUAAAUAACUAUAAUAAAAUAUUUAUAAAGACUGACUCUUGGGAUCUCCAAUCUAUAUUCUGAAAAUCUUAAUACUCUUUUUAAUAAAUCUUUUGUUUGAUUUUGGACAAGAAGAGGGGAUUUCUAGCAAUAUUCAGAGAAAUUGUGUAUAGUAAAUAUCCAGUAUUCUUAAUUAUGACUUAAUGUAAUUUGUAAGAAGAACUGUAAUAAUAGCAGGUGACUUAAUGGAAGCUUUAUUAAAAGCAAAGCAAAACCACAGCAGCCCUUUCUGACUUCUUACAGUUAAAACCAUCUCAAAUUUUGAGGAAGCAAUUGUAGAAUGGCUUAGAUUGGAGUGCAACUUGAAGAUCAUCUAGUUAGAAACCACCUGGUGUGGGCAGAGUUGCCACCCACUAGAUCAGACUGUCCAGGAUCGCAUCCAGCCUGACUUCAUAUGCCUCCAAAUAUGAGGCAUCUACAACCAGUGUUUCCAGUGGUUCACCACCACCUGAGUAAAAAAUUGCUUCCUAACAUUGAACUUAAAUCUCUCCUCUUGUAGUUUAAAGCCAUUCCCUUCUCACUGUCAGACUGUGUAAGGAGUCAGUCCCCCUCCAUGCUUGUAAGCUUUCUUCAAGUACUGAAAGGCUACAGUAAGGUCUCCCCAGAGCCUUUUCUUCUCCAAGCUAAACAAGCCCAACUCCCUCAACCUUUCUUCACAGGAGAGGUAGGUACUCCAGCCCUCUGAUCGUUUUUGUGGCCCUCCUCUGGACCCUUUCCAAGAGCUCUACAUCCCUUCUGUACUGUGGGCCUCAGGCCUGAACACGGUACAGUAGGUGAAGUCUCUAAGGGCAGAGUAGAGGGACAGUCACCUUCCUGCUGGUGGCCCCACUUUUGAUGCAGCUUAGGAUACUGUUGGCCUUCUAGGCUGCAAGAGCAUGCUGCUGGCUCGUGUCAAACUUUUCAUCCAUCAGGACCCCCAAGUCCUUCUUUGCAGGGUUGCUCUCAAUGGAUUCUUUCUACUUUUAUCUGGGAUUGUCAUGAAGAACUUAUAUUUCAGGAGGCACAGAUAAAAGUCCAGGGAAUGGAACCAUCUGUCUAAUGCGUGAGAUGUUAGAGUAGAUAAAUGCGUAUAACUUCUUCGAGGGCUUGUAUACCUCUUAGAAUGGUACUUGGCUGAGACAAAAUUGAUGAAAGUAAAACCAUGACCAGGCUGUCCUCAGAUUCCUUUAGGCAGUUUCUUAGCAUGCAUAUCUUCCUAGCUGCUGUCUCUGCCACUUUUACAUGUUUGUUCUUUAGAUUUUGAGAAUUAGUUGUUAUUUCUUACUUCCAUUUAAUUUUCAGGAAGUUAUUUUUAUUGUUUUCUUAAUGAAUUUGACUUAUCAACUUUAAAUGAGUUUAUUCAAAUGAAAAUUAAGAGUUAGUUUUAUAUUAGUAUUUGUCAACUCCAAAAAUCCCUGAAAUAUAAGUUGGCAAAUAAACCUUUAAAAUAGUUCCAACCCAAAUACCUCCUAACAGUCUUCAUUUAAAAACAACGACAAAAAAAACCAAAGCAGAAAACCUUCAAAAUCUUCUUCCAGAGUUGCUCAUUAAGCAGUUUAUUAGAUGAGGAAAUACAAAUACUAAAGUUGAUUGAAUUUCCAAUGCAGAUAUUAUAAAGAGGAAGAAAAUCUGUAAGUGUGUGAAAAUGCUACUGUUGUGAGCAAUUCUUUAGAGUACUGAGUGCCAGCAUCCUAACAACAGGUUUGUAUAUCAGUUUCUGUGCAGAUUUUGAUGUCUGAAAAUGGCCAUACUGCAGCCUUUUCCUCUCUGGAUUUUCUAGUAGGGUUUCUAUCUAACUGUCUAUUCUCAUUAAUUUUCUAGGAACUUCUCAUCUAGUAUUCCUUCAGAUUUUGUUGGAGACACUUGCAAGCACGUGGAAGGUGUACUUAUAGGUUGUUGCUCCAGCUCUAUUCCAACUCCAUAUUUGAUUCGAUUGUGGUCAUCUUGUUUCCAUAUGAACACAAGCUAAAAUGGGACUGAAUGAUACAAGGGGGAAAAAUCACUGCGUUAAUUGGCACAGGUUUCCCAGAGACUGUUAAAUCUGUCCAUGCAAGUUUUGAAGAUGUGAAUAGGCAAGGCACUCCAUACCCUGAUUGUGAUUUGUCUGGGUCAUUUCCUGAGGUCUCUGCUAACGUAAAUGAGAAUUGUUCUAAGACAUACAUAUAAAAGGAAAGCAAGUGGGAACUUCCAUUUUUUGUGGUGACUUAUCACUGUAAAGAGUUGAAAUGCAGACAUUUCCACUUCUUUUUAAUGCAAGAGUUACAGUCAAAGGUGAAUGAGUAGUAUUUGUCUCUGACAGUUAAGACACUGUCCACGCAGUUGCUUUGUUGUUAGUAUUAAAAUACUCGGUUCUACUGGAAGGGGAAGAACUGCAGUAGUGAUCUCUGUUGAAAAGCUGAAAGUAGUUGCAUCUUAUGGGUGAGUACAGAUAAUAGAGAAAUGACGGGAACCACGAGUGUUGUGUCAUUAUGGAGUUUUACCUAUUUGAGCACUGGAUGUUGGAAUAUGUUGGUGGAUGAAAUGCCUGAGCAAUGUCUGAAUGCUCGGUUUAGAACUGUUCAUAUAAAAUGAGUUUGGAUUGAAUCAGCUGUCACAAUGAUUCUUUUACCAUGAUGUUAACUUCUUGGGAGUUUCCCUUAUGAAAUGUUCUCUCUGUAAACCUGGUGUGUUACUAGCUUUUAGAAACCUCGGUUGGAAGUUAUUAGAAAUGAGCUUACCUUCAGCAACAUGGUUGAUCAAGAGUAACUCAGAUUUAAUUGUACUGUAGUGCUUUCAUGUUGACUUUUGUUAAGAAUGGCAUGCAUACCAACAGAAAGUUGGCUACAUUAUACAUAGAAACUGUGUGCAUGCUAAGGUUUGAAGAAUGUUCAGAAUGCAAAAGAAAUGAGUAUAAAAAGAGUAUGGAUAAUAAACUAUAUAGUAAUCUGAGUGUUAAACUGAAUGUUUGAAGGAAUGAACUCAGGAAGUUGAAAUUUCAUGACCGUUAUGGUAGUGUGUUGCUGUAUCUAAUAGAUGCAGAGCGUAGUUGGUGAAUAACUUAAAAUCUUACUGCCAAACAGUCUGCUUAAAGACCAGCUGAAUAAAAUUGUACAUAGUAUAGAGGCAUCAGUCUUACCGGAUUGAACAUCAACUACUUGAAAACUGUAAAAUAAGUCAUCCAUGCUCAAAAUUCUUUUGUUGUUGUUGUUGUUGUUACUACUUUGUCUUUCUUUUAGAUUAAUGACUUCAAUUUCAGAAAGUUUGCUGGUCUUUAAAAACACAAAACUGAGAUAGAUGGGUGUAAUGUACAGUGUAUUACCUUUUUGUACUAAGGUUGCGUCAAAAAGUGUCUGCUUCAUCUUCUACAAUAGUAAGCUAAAGGACUGAGGUGAAGGAACUGUUUCCAGUGGAACUUACUGUAUUGAACCACAGCUCCCUCUGGCAGAGCUGAGCUUGGUGUUGUGCUGUCAGCUCUGUUGUUGUCUGAAGUGGAUCUUGGGGUUGGUGCACAUAACCUGCCUUCAUGGAGAAACUGGUAAUGAAGCAUUAACUGGAGACUGCAAAUUCCCGCUGACUUUGGUUUAAGAAGAGUACUUUAAGUCUUUAUUUUACUUCUUGGAUUCUGAUAGUAGAAUGCCAGACUAGAUAAUGUGAUUUAUUGUGUUCUUUAUAGGUUCCUGACCCACACUGCUGGUGGUAUCAGAAUGUCUUCCAGACUUCUUGCCAAUAAAAAAGAAUAGAAAACAAGACUAGCAUCUGUCCAAUGGGGCUCACUCUCCAUUUUUCUCUACACACCUUUCCUUUGUGGGGAGAAGAAGAGGAGAAUAGCAUGAAAAGUGCAAAAUGUUUCAAAUUCCUGUUCAAAAUCUUGAUAAUAUCAGGAAGGCUCGCAAAAGGGUGAAAGGCAUUCUUGUGGAACUUGGGCUUGACAGCUGCAGGGAAUUGUUGAAGAAUCUUAAAAGUUUUGACCCAGGUGAAAAAUACUUCUGCAACACUUCUUGGAGUGAUGUCUCUCCUUGGGAGUCUGUGGGCAAAAGGAAGAGAUACAGAACAAAGCCGUACUGCUGUAGUUUAUGCAAGUUCUCAUCAAAAUUACUUACUUCACUGAAGAGUCAUUUGCACCGUUACCAUGAAGAUGAAAUGGAUCAAGAGCUUAUAGUACCUUGCCCAAAAUGCGUGUUUGCUUCUGAGCCAAAAGUAGUGGGAAAACAUAUCCGAAUGUUUCAUUCAUCUAAUAAGAGAAUACAGAACUAUACAGUCAGCAUCUUGGAUGGCAUGAAACAAUUCAGAAGUGACAUCAUUAACUUUACAUGUCUAAAAUGUAACUUUACAGACACAUUGUAUUAUAACAUGAAGAAACAUGUGCUGAUGAACCAUUUUCAAAACUUAAUAAGUACGUAUUUUGGCCAGAGACCUGAUGAAAGUAAAGAGAAUUGUAUUGAGAACUACUGCAAAAAAUGUAAUGCUUCUGCAAACAGCCAAGAUUCUUUAAUGUAUCAUGUCUUGACAGCUGAAACACACAGAGACCUGGAGAACAAACUUCGGUCUGUAAUUUCAGAGCAUAUUAAGAAACCAGGACUUGUGAAACAAAUGCAGAUAGCUCCAAAGCUUCCCCAAAGUGUACCUGUAGCUGCUCUGUCUGUAGGUCCUCCUGUGGCCCCAGCAGGUUCCAUCACAGCUCCAGCUUGUAUCCAACUUGCGUUCCCACAGAAUAAUCAAAACCAGACUGUGGUGCAGCCGAAAGUUCAGAACACAGUCACAUCACUGACUGUUCCAAGUGCCUCUUGUAGUGUUCCACAUACAUCUUCUACUCCAGUUGUUACCCCAUCGCAUGUUACUCUUGUAUCCAGUCACCUUCCUGUAGGUCAGAAUAAUGUUAAUAUUCAGCCAUCUCCUUCUCAGCCUCUCAUUGUUUCUCACAGACUUCCUCUUAAUCAGCCUGUCACAGCUGGGGCUGUUCCUCUGAAUCAUUCUGUUGGGACCCUAAACAGACCUGUGGCCCCUACAGUUCUUCCUGUUAAUCAACAAGUCAGGCCUGGACUUUUUCCUAUUAAUCAAUCUGUUGGUACUGUAAACAGUCCAGUUGCAACUGCACCGUUACCUGUUACUCAGCCUGUCAGCCCUGUCAAUCAACCAGUUGCACCAGGAGUUCUCUCAGUGAACCAUUUGUCUGAGAAUGUGAAUAGACCCGUUGGUCCCACAGUCCUUCCUAUGGCUCAGACAGUUGCUUCAGGGGUUCUACAACUUAAUCAGUCUGCUGUGUCUGGAGUUGUUCCUGUCAGACCGCCUGUCAGACCUGGAUUUCUUCAGCUUAAUCAACCUGUUGCCCCAGCAGUUAUCCCAGUAAAUCAGUCAGUUAGAUCUGCACUUUCUCAAAAUGCAACUUUUUUGGCUGCAGGUUCUGUACUUAGGCAGUUGAUUCCAACUGGGAAGCAAUUUAAUGGAAUACCUACCUACACACUUGCUCCAGUUUCAGUUACUUUGCCUGUACCUCCUGGUGGUGGAGUAACUGUGGGUACUCCACCACAAGUGCCUAUCCAGCUAAUGCAGUCUGGGACAGUGACUCAGUUAUCUCAGUCACCAGCUAGUGCACCCUCUCCUCCAGUGGUUUUAACAACUCAGAGUAUAUCAUUACAAGCUUCCCCACCUGAUGCUGAAACAAGUCAGACCCUUGGAAAGGCGAAGCAGUGGAAGAUUUGCCCUGUUUGCAAUGAGCUUUUUCCAUCAAAUGUUUAUGAGGUGCAUAUGGAGGUGGCCCACAAACAUAGUGAAGUAAAAAUAGAGGAGGCCCAGGAACCCGACAAACUUGCAGCUUGUGCACCCUUUCUCAGGUGGAUGACAGAGAAGACGGUCCGAUGUUUCUCUUGUAAAUGCUUUCUCUGCGAGGAAGAACUCAUGAAACAUCUGUUGAUGCAUGGCUUAGCUUGCUUGUUUUGCACAGUUACUUUCCAUGACUUAAAAAGCCUUGCAGAGCACAGCAAAUCUACACACAGUGGGAAAAAGCAGUUACAUGCAGAUUACAGCAACAGAGGAUUUCAGCUAGGUAACGAGGCUCAGGGUGACCUGGUAUUUCCCCACUUUGAUUUCAGUACAGUGUUACCAGAAGAGGACAUUGGUGAAAGAGAAGUACACUUGGCAGUGCUCGCUGGAGUAAAUUCAAGGACGCUCGUCCCCAUUUACAUCAAAGUGAAACCUCAGGGAGCAGAAUUGAACAAUGGAUGCAACAAAGUGUUAACCUGUCCGUUUUGUUUCAGUUUGUUUAUUAGUCAAGAAACCUAUGAAAUGCAUUUGAAAGAGAGGCAUCAUGUUAUGCCAACUGUACAUACAAUUUUAAAGUCUCCAGCUUUCAAGUGCAUCCACUGUUGUGGCGUGUACACUGGAAAUAUGACUCUGACAGCUAUUGCUGUGCAUUUGCUCCGUUGUAGAAGUGCUCCCAAGAACAGCAACUCAAGUAUGAAGAUGCAGCUUGAGCGUACAGAGAAGAAAGAGCUACUGUUUGUGAAUGGGGAAAAGCAUGAUUCUGUAAUUAAGAGAAAACAGUCUGAUACCUGCUUUGUUACAGAAGACCAAAAGAAUAAGGAACAGCAGCCACUGAGCUUAAGUGCUGGACUAGCUCUGUAUCCAGAAGAUGAAUUGUAUUCGGGGCUAGUGCCUUUGAAACGACAGAAGAUUAGUAUUAGGACUGAGAUGAAGAAAAUUUCUAGUGAGGAUCUCCGUGUUCUAGCAGUAGAUCCUAGACAAUAUGAUCAUGGUUCGUAUGAGACUCAAAAACAGUUUUUGACAGACUAUUUUCAUGUGAGGCCAUAUCCUUCAAAAAAGGAGAUGCAGUUAUUGUCCACGCUGCUGUGUGCUUGGAAAAUUGAUGUUGCAUCAUUCUUUGGAAAAAGGAGGAAUAUAUGCUUAAAGGCAAUAAAUAGUCACAAACCAUCUGUGCUGCUGGGUUUCAGUAUGUCCGAACUAAAAAAUAUUAAGCACAAAUUGAAUAUAAAAGAUGAACCAUUAGAUAUGUAAAAAAGCUUUUUAUAACAUCUAAAAGCAAUCAGUAAUUGCAUACUUAUGAAUGUUGCAAUUUAUUAUGAUGAAUUAUUAAAUUUAACUUGCAGACUGGCCUGUUGGAGGAGUGUGGUAGUAUAAAAACUUUCAGUUGUGACUGCUGUUGUGAGAGGUACACAGUCGUGUAUUUGAAACAGCUAAAACUUUCAGAUUUACAUUUCUGGAAUUUGUUUUAGCUUUUUACUUUUUCUAGAGUAGUAAUUUUUUGUUGGUUUUGUUCCCCUUUCCCCCUCCUCCAAGUUCCCAAUAGACUUUUUAUACCAUUAUGUAAAAUGUUUGUGCUGUUAAAUACAAAUUUUAUUUUAUUUUUCUGCAAUGUCAUCAUGUUUUCUAAACAAUAAAAUGUAUAAUGUUGUUUAAAAUACUGAA